UUGCCUUUCAUUGUGGUAUCGAGUCUCAGAGCUACUUCUAUCUUGAGAGGGUGAGGUGAUCGAUAUUGGGUUUUGUAAGAAGUCUCAAGAUGAGGACUACUACGCUUUCCUUGUUCAUUUCUAUGCUAGUCCUGUGCGUUGUUGGCAUUUGUCAAGGAGGCGCCCUGAGGAAGAACUUCUACAAAGAUAGCUGCCCUCUUGCUGAGAAGAUUGUUAGGGAUGUCAUUUGGAAACUAGCUGCUAGUGAUCCUGCAUUGCCUGCUGAGCUCGUGAGGCUGAAUUUCCACGAUUGUUUUGUUAGGGGUUGCGAUGCAUCGGUGUUACUGAACUCCACUCCAAAUAACGUAGCUGAGAAGGAUGCAGUGCCAAAUCUAACUUUGGAUGGUGCAGACAUUAUCGACAAAGUGAAGGAUGAGGUGGAGAAAGCUUGCCCCGGAGUUGUUUCUUGUGCCGAUAUCAUCGCUUUGGCUGCUAGGGACUCUGUCGCCUUCCAGUUCAAGAAACCAAUGUGGGAGGUGCUCACCGGAAGAAGAGACGGCACUGUGUCACUAGCCUCCGAAGCUGUAGCUAACCUCCCUCAACCAUCCUCUGACUUUGCCACCCUGAGAAGCAACUUUGCCAAGAAAGGACUCACUCUUCACGACCUUGUGGUGUUGUCAGGUGCACACACUUUUGGACAUGGACACUGCGACGCUUUCAGCAAAAGGCUUUACAACUUCACAGGGAAGGGAGAUGUAGAUCCGUCCCUGGACCCAACCUAUGCGGCUUUCCUGAAAACCCAAUGCAAAACCCUCUCAGACAACACUACUACAGUAGAUAUGGACCCCGAAAGCCCUCAAUCGUUCGACAACCACUAUUAUGUGGUCCUGAAGCAACACAAGGGUCUCUUCCAAUCAGAUGCUGCCCUUCUAACCAACAAGAUGUCUAGCAACAUUGUCGACGAGUUGCUUAACCAGAAUAAAUUCUUCACCGAGUUUGGUCAGUCCAUGAAGAGGAUGGGAGCCAUCGGAGUCCUUACUGGGAACUCUGGGGAGAUUAGGAAGAAAUGUGGAGUUGUGAACUCUUAACCCUCACCGGCCUGUUUCCUUUUUCAUGGCGUCUACGGGUUUUCUUUUUCAGUUUUUGUGUUUUCUUUUUUAACUGAGAGGAGUGGUUUAUUUGAAUGUAGAAGUUGCGUUGAAAAUUGUUGAUUUCUACUCUCCACUAAUAAAAGAAGUAAUAAUGGGAAUCAUGGGAAUUUUUUCAUAA